GAGAUGAGUGCGUCCAGGUUCAUAAAGUGUGUCACAGUUGGAGAUGGAGCGGUGGGCAAGACUUGUAUGCUCAUCUCUUACACCAGCAACACUUUCCCAACGGAUUACGUGCCUACUGUGUUUGAUAAUUUCAGUGCAAAUGUGGUUGUGGAUGGGAGCACCGUGAACUUGGGGUUGUGGGAUACUGCUGGGCAGGAAGAUUACAAUAGACUAAGACCAUUGAGCUACCGUGGGGCAGAUGUGUUCUUACUUGCAUUCUCUCUAAUCAGCAAGGCCAGCUAUGAAAAUGUUGCCAAGAAGUGGAUUCCUGAAUUGAAGCAUUAUGCCCCUGGUGUUCCAAUUAUUCUUGUUGGAACAAAGCUUGAUCUUCGCGAUGACAAGCAGUUCUUUACAGAUCACCCAGGUGCAGUGCCAAUCACCACGGCUCAGGGAGAGGAACUAAAAAAACAGAUUGGAGCUCUGAUUUACAUAGAAUGUAGCUCAAAAACACAGCAGAAUGUGAAAGCAGUCUUUGAUGCCGCGAUUAAAGUGGUUCUGCAGCCGCCAAAGCUGAAGAAGAGAAAGAAGAGAAAGGCACAUAACGCCUGCUCUAUAUUGUAAUUGCUGAGAUACUAGUGCUUGAAACAGUGUGACUAAUUAGUCAUUCAUCCAUUAAUCUCUCACAGACGCAGCCACUGUUAUCUUUUUUCAACCUCAAGGAAGCAGCAGCCGAGCAUGGUAGUUUCGACGACGGAUAGAUGUAACAGCUCAACUUACACAUCAAGUUCGUUUUCUCUAUCUGCUUGUGUUCUGAUUUGUAUAUUACUGAUGAUUUGAACUACCUGUUUGGUGAACUCUUUAUUUUCUUUGGUUAGAUUUCCCUAAUGUACUCUAUAUACUAUUUGGAGUCCUCAUUUUGAAAGUUCUCAUUAGAUACUCAUGUAUUGGGAGUACUGAAUGAGUGAAUGUUGUCAGACUUGUACAAAAAAAACAACUCCUGUCCUA